AGGAUUACCAACCUAAAGAGAAAAACCCCAAAGGAAAUCAAGGAUCAGAUCCAUUGCUUUAAACCAAAAGUGAGCACACAUUUUCUCUCCCUAUAUGGACAUUCUUUUCUUCUCCAAUUCUAUUGCUGAGUUCAUAAUUUUCUUCCAAGCCAAACAUUCAUCGUACCACAAAUACUCCAGAAAUCUAUGAAGAAAGCCAUCCAGAUAGAGAACUGAAAGGAUUGAGGGAAAGGGAAAAGAAAAAAGGAAAAGAAAACUAUGGAACAACGAGGCCUGUGUUUGAGCCUCCAAGAUUGUCUGAAUUCUGCCCAAUGCAUUAUAACUGGAAAAAUCAUCAUUCAACACAGCCCAGGAAAAUCUGGUCCCGGAAAAUCAGCAUCAGUUCAGCUGUAUAGUAGCACCCAAGUCGACCCAAAUACAAAAAAGGGGAAGUUAAGCGGGAAAGCAUACCUCAAACAUGGAAAGAGUAACAAGCACAAUGGGAUAAAAAACACAACAUAUAAAUUAAAGUUCCACGUCGAGCCAGAUUUUGGGACUCCAGGAGCUUUUGUCAUCAACAGCCAGCAUAAGCACAAGUUCUUCCUUGAAUCUGCAACUCUCCAAAUCUCCGAACAUCAGACUGUUCAUUUUGACUGCAACUCUUGGGUUUAUCCCUUUGAUAAAACAAAAAGAAACCGACUCUUCUUUUCAAACACUAGUUAUCUUCCAAACCAAACACCAAAUGCUUUGGUGGAAUUGAGGAAGGAAGAACUUGCUAGCUUGAGAGGAGAUGGAACAGGGAAGAGGAAAGAGUGGGAUCGAAUCUAUGACUAUGAUAAAUACAAUGAUCUUGGCGAUCCCAAUAAUGGUCCUCAACAUGCGAGGCCAGUCUUAGGUGGGUCAGAAAUGCAUCCAUAUCCCCGAAGGGGAAGAACUGGCCGCCCUCCUAGCCGCCAAGAUCAUCAAACUGAGAGCCGGCCAGAAACAAUCAACUUAGAUAUAUAUGUUCCCCCAGACGAGCGAUUCAGUCCCAAAAAACUGUCAGAGUUCACAGAAAAUUCAAUCCAGGCUGCUGUACAUUUCCUUAUACCUCAAGCAAAAUCAUUAUUCCAAGAAAAUUCCAGUAGUUUUGAGUCCUUCAGUGAAAUACGCGACUUGUUUACGAGCAAAAAGUACCAAGUAGUGGAAGAAUGGGUUACCCAUAAAUUGAAGAAGCUAGUACCAGAUAAGCUCUUCAAAGAGAUUCAGCAAACAAGCAAGGAGAACCCAAUGGAUUUUCCAUUACCUCAAAUUAUAGCAGGAAAUGAAUUGGUAUGGAAAGACGACGAGGAGUUUGGGCGUCAGAUGCUUGCAGGAAUUAAUCCAGCAGUUAUCCGGACAUUGGAGAAAUUCCCACCACAAAGCAAAGAUGGUACCGUGAGUUCAAUAAAGGCAUCUGACAUAGAGCACAACCUCGAUGGGCUGACUAUUAACCAGGCAACGAGCCAAUGGAGAAUCUCCAUCUUGGAUUACCAUGAUUACUACAUGCCCUUUUUAAAAAGAAUAAACACAAAGGGUGUAUGUGCUUAUGCGUCUCGAACACUAUUGUUCUUAAGGAAUGAUGCCACAUUAAAGCCAGUGGCAAUAGAACUGAGCUUGCCUAGCUCCUCGAGUGACGAGGAGAUCAGCAGAGUGUUUGUUCCAUCAACUCAGGGUACUGAGGCAGCAUUGUGGCAGAUGGCCAAAGCUCAUGUUGCAGUCAACGAUUCCGGUUACCAUCAACUAAUCACCCAUUGGUUAAAAACUCAUGCAAUAGUUGAGCCAUUCAUCAUCGCCACCAGAAGGCAGUUAAGUGUGAUGCACCCAAUCCACCAGCUAUUAAAUCCUCAUUUCAAAGAUACUAUGCACAUAAAUGCACUGGCUCGGAGUAUUCUCAUAAACUCUGGUGGAAUCCUUGAGAAUACAUUGUUUACAGGAGAAACCUCAAUGGAGUUCUCCUCUGCUCUCUAUAAAGAUUGGAGAUUUGAUGAACAAAGCCUACCUGCCGAUCUAGUGAAAAGACGUAUGGCCUUCAAAGGCACAGAGAAGGGCUCUGGAGUUCAACUUCUCUUUGAAGACUAUCCCUACGGUGCAGAUGGACUUGACAUAUGGGUUGCCAUUAACACAUGGGUAACAAACUAUUGCUCAUUCUUCUACACAGAUGAUGAUUCUUUGAAGUCUGACAACGAAAUCCAAGCAUGGUGGUCAGAAAUUCGAAAUGUGGGUCAUGGUGAUAAGUGCAAUGAAACCUGGUGGUACAAAAUGGAAACUCGUUCUGACCUUAUAGAGGCUCUGACAAUUCUUAUAUGGACUGCAUCAGCCCUUCAUGCUGCAGUGAACUUCGGGCAAUAUGGAUAUGCUGGUUACCCUCCAAAUCAUCCUACACUGUGUCGAAAAUUUAUUCCGGAGGAAGGAACACUAGAAUUUGCUGAGUUUCUAAGGGAUCCUGACAAAUACUAUCUUAAAAUGUUGCCUGAAAAAAUUGAGAUGACCCUUAGUAUAGCACUGAUAGAGGUGCUUUCACGUCACACAUCAGAUGAAGAAUACUUGGGUCAAAGACCAUCAUUGAGGUGGACAGCCAUUGAACAGAUCCAGGAAAAGUUUAAGCAGUUUAGUGAGGACCUUCAAGAGGUGGAGAAAAGAAUCUCAGAGAGGAAUAGAGAUCCAAAACUUAAGAACAGAUGGGGUCCUGCCAAUAUUCCAUACAAACUUCUGUAUCCUGAUACAUCAAAUGUUAGAUCCAGAGGGGGCAUCACUGGAAAGGGGAUCCCUAAUAGCAUAUCCAUUUAAAAUAUCUUUAAGAUGGUGUGUAUGUAAAUUCAAGACAAUACUUACAAUAUUUAUGUUUCGAACAAAUAUUUCUUGCAUAAAUGGACUCAUUCAAGUUAUGUGAACUCAUAAACUUUGUUGAUGAUACUGAGUAAUCCACUCAAGUGAGAAAACCAUCACCGCAUCAGAUGAGCAAUUGGGCAAGUGAUACAUGUAUACUUAAAGGUACAAAAGGAAUUUGACGUGGUAUUUUAGUUCAAUUGAACCAUCAGGUUUCCAUCUU